AUGCACCGGAGACACACCACGGUGCGGGAGAAGGGGCGUCGCCAAGCCGUGCGAGGCCCCGCCUACAUGUUUAACGAGCGCGGCUCGGCACUGACGCCUGAGGAAGAGGGUUUCCUUGACGCCGCUGAGUACGGCAAUAUCCCAGUGGUCCGCAAGAUGCUGGAGGAGUCCAAGACCCUCAACUUCAACUGUGUGGACUACAUGGGCCAGAAUGCAUUGCAGCUGGCGGUGGGAAACGAGCACCUGGAAGUGACUGAGUUGCUGCUAAAGAAGGAGGGGCUAGCCAGAGUGGGUGACGGGCUCCUAUUGGCUAUCUCAAAAGGGUAUGUGCGUAUCGUGGAAGCCAUAUUGGGGAACCCGGCGUUUAGCCAAGGGCUGCGGCUCACCCUGAGUCCCCUUGAACAGGAGCUACGGGAUGACGAUUUUUACGCUUACGACGAAGACGGGACUCGCUUUUCCCUCGACGUCACCCCUGUAAUCCUAGCAGCACAUUGUCAGGAGUUUGAGAUUGUACAUAUCCUGCUCACCAAGGGGGCUCGCAUCGAGAGGCCUCAUGACUACUUCUGUAAGUGCAAUGAGUGUGCAGAGAAGCAGAGGAGAGACUCGUUCAGCCAUUCGCGCUCCAGGAUGAAUGCUUAUAAAGGGCUGGCCAGUGCUGCCUACCUGUCCCUGUCUAGUGAAGACCCUGUAUUCACCGCCCUGGAGCUCAGCAACGAACUGGCCAGACUGGCUAACAUAGAGACUGAGUUUAAGAAUGACUACAGGAAGUUGUCCAUGCAGUGUAAGGACUUUGUCGUGGGGGUGUUGGACCAGUGCAGAGACACAGAGGAGGUGGAAGCCAUCUUGAACGGAGACGUGGACAAUGCCCCGCCCAGCGACAACAACCGGCCCUGCCUCGAACGCGUCAAACUGGCCAUCAAAUACGACGUCAAGAAGUUUGUGGCCCAUCCUAACUGCCAGCAGCAGCUGCUGACUAUCUGGUAUGAGAACCUGUCAGGUCUGAAGCAACAGUCCAUCGGGGUCAAGUGUUGGACCGUUCUGGGGGUCAGCUUGGGACUGCCCUUCCUGGCUCUCGCCUACUGGAUCAUGCCCUGCAGCAAGUUGGGUCAGAUCCUGAGAAGUCCUUUCAUGAAGUUUGUGGCCCACGCCGUGUCCUUCACCAUCUUCCUGGGCCUGCUGGUCAUCAACGCCUCAGACCGCUUCGAGGGGGUCCAGAACCUGCCCAACGAGACCAUCACUGACCACCCUCGUCAGGUGUUCCGGGUCAAGACCACUCAGUUCUCCUGGACUGAGAUGCUCAUCAUGAAAUGGGUGCUGGGUAUGAUCUGGUCGGAGGUCAAGGAGAUCUGGGUGGACGGUCCUAGAGAGUACGUGAAUCACCUGUGGAACGUGUUAGACUUCGGCAUGUUGUCUAUCUUCGUAGCAUCGUUCACCGCUCGGCUCAUGGCCUUCCUCAAGGCCUCCAAGGCCCAGCUGUACGUAGACCAGUUUGUGACCAACGAAGACAUCCGCAACGCAUCCCUACCUACUGAGGUAGCCUACUACACCUAUGCCAGGAAUAAGUGGCGUCCGUCGGACCCCCAGAUAAUCUCAGAGGGUCUGUAUGCCAUCGCUGUGGUGUUAAGUUUCUCCCGCAUCGCCUACAUCCUGCCGGCCAACGAGAGCUUUGGCCCGCUCCAGAUCUCCCUGGGCCGGACGGUGAAGGACAUCUUUAAGUUCAUGGUCAUCUUCAUCAUGGUGUUCGUGGCCUUCAUGAUCGGCAUGUUCAACCUCUACUCCUACUACCUGGGAGCCAAGUACAACCCUGCCUUCACCACGGUGGAGGAGAGCUUUAAGACCCUGUUCUGGUCCAUCUUCGGUCUGUCGGAGGUGAUCUCUGUGGUCCUGAAGUAUGACCAUAAGUUCAUAGAGAACAUUGGUUAUGUGCUGUACGGGGUCUAUAACGUCACCAUGGUGGUGGUUCUACUCAACAUGCUCAUCGCUAUGAUCAAUAGCUCCUACCAGGAGAUAGAGACAGAUGCAGAUGUAGAGUGGAAGUUUGCCCGUGCCAAGCUGUGGAUGUCCUACUUUGACGAGGGCCGUACUCUCCCCGCUCCCUUCAACAUGGUGCCUUCUCCCAAGUCCUGGUAUUACCUGGUCCUCCGCACCAAGGCCGGCCUCGUUCACCUCUGCAAUGCCAAGGGCCGUCGCCACGACAAUGAGCUGGAGAUGGGCAUGCUCAACUCACGACUGAAGGGCGAACGCUACAGGGCCCACGGUCGACCACGAGAGGAGUCCACUCUCAGAAAACCCAUCAAACACCCUACCAGAUACCAGAAGAUCAUGAAGCGUCUCAUUAAGCGUUAUGUUCUGAAGGCUCAGGUUGACAGAGAGAAUGAUGACGUCAAUGAAGGUGAGCUGAAGGAGAUCAAGCAGGACAUCUCCAGCCUGCGCUAUGAGCUCCUGGAGGAAAAGUCUCAGGCCACCGGAGAACUGGCUGACCUCAUCACACAACUCAGUGACACGUUUGUCAAGAACACCACCAAAAGACCCUGA